AGGAGCUACUGCAGCGCUUCAGGAUCGGAAAGAGAACCCUGAGCUUGUGGAACCUGAGGGGUAAAGGCGAGUCAGUUUCCAGGAUGGAGCGGAUGUCUGAGGAGGCUCUGAGGCUGAACCUGCUCAAGCGGGGCCUGGAGACGUCCGAGGAGCGUGAAGAAGCCCUGGCCAAGCGCCUCAAGAUGGAGGGCCACGAGGCUAUGGAGCGCCUCAAGAUGCUGGCCUUGCUCAAGCGCAAGGACCUGGCCGCGUUGGAAGGUGCGGCGGCGGUGGCUGCCGGGUCCCUGGACGGCAGCAAAGGGGGGCCGGGAGGGAGCCACCACCACCACCACCACCACCAGAGUAUGCUGGCAGGCGCGGCGGCUGCCUAUGAGGAGAAGAUGAACGGGAGGCUGGGGGGCCACGGAGGCCCCAGUAAGAAUGGCAAGGAGAACAUGGUGGACGAACCAGUGGACUUCAGCGCCAGAAGAGGCGACUUGGACCGUGAGCGACACACUCCGUCCCCGGACGUGAUCAUCCUGUCAGACAACGAGGCAUCCAGUCCCAGAGGAACGCCCCAUCCCGGAGAGAGGCUGCACCAGGCCAACCUGGAGAUCUUCAAGGGGAAGAAUGGCGAGGAGCGACAGAAGAUGAUCAAGGCUCUGAGGGAAGAGCUGCGUCUGGAAGAGGCCCGUCUGGUGCUGCUCAAGAAGCUUCGGCAGAGCCAGAUCCAGAAGGAGAACGUUGUGCAGAAGGUACCUGUGGUACAGAAUAGCCCCUCUUCGGUGCAGCCGUCCCCCAUCCACAGUUCACAGGGCAUGGGAAAGCUGCCGGUGCGCCCUGGCAUGCACACCCCGGAGCCCCAGAACCUCCGCACUGCACAGGGUCACACAGUCAUCAGGUCGGGGGCCAACGCCUCCCUGCCCCCGAUGAUGAUGUCACAGAGGGUCAUCGCCCUCAACCCGUCCCAUCUGCAGGGUCAGAGAAUGCCCUCCAAGUCUGGCAUGAGCCGCUCCAGCACGGGCAGCAUGAGCAACGUCAGCUACCAGCAGGCCACUAGCCAGCAGGUGACGGCGUCCCAGCGUUCGGGCUCCUCUGCAAUCUACAUGAACUUGGCCCACAUGCAGGCGGCGGCGGCUGGUGGCGUGGCCGGUGUGGGGAUGGGCAGCAGCGGAAUGGGCGCUGUUAGCCCUUCCACCAUGUCGAGCGGCACAGGUGGCGGCGGCAGCUCCGGCGUGAGCUCCCUGGCGGACCAGGCCAGCAGCCAGGCGGCAGCCAAGCUGGCCUUGCGCAAACAGCUGGAGAAGACCCUGCUGGAGAUCCCGCCGCCCAAGCCACCAGCCCCACUCCUGCACUUCCUGCCGUCGGCGGCCAACAGCGAGUUCAUCUACAUGGUGGGCCUGGAGGAGGUGGUGCAGAGCGUCAUCGACAGCCAGGGUAAGCUGCGGGGGGCGCUGUCACGCAUGGAGCCCUUCUUCUGCGCCCAGUGCAGGAUCGACUUCACCCCACACUGGAAGCAGGAGAAAGGCGGGCGUAUCCUCUGCGAGCAGUGCAUGACGUCCAAUCAGAAGAAGGCCCUGAAGGCGGAGCACACCAAUAGGCUGAAGAACGCAUUCGUCAAGGCCCUGCAGCAGGAGCAGGAGAUUGAGCAAAGGCUCCAGCAGCAGGCAGCCCUCUCCCCCAGCACGGCUCCGACUGUUCCCAACGUCGGCAAGGCCGAGACCAUGAUCCGACAUCACGCCCUGCGUCAGGCUCCCCAGCCUCAGGCCUCCAUGCAGCGGGGUCUCUCCAGCUCGGCGAGGGGCGUCCUCUCCAACUUCGCCCAGGCCUCCCAGCUCUCCGUGGCCAGCGGCCUGCUGGGGAUGACGGGGAAGCAGCGCUGCGGAGGAGGAGGUGGUGGCGGGACUAGUGGCGGUGGUGGCAGCAGUCGGAUCCAGCAUGAUGGCCGUCGCCAGAUCUACAACAUCCCCGGGUUGAACAUUGCCUACCUGAACCAAGGAGGGGUCGGGGCCAACAAAGGCUCCAGCUUAGCGGACCGCCAGAGGGAGUACCUGUUGGACAUGAUCCCGCCGCGCUCCAUAUCACAGUCCAUCAACGGACAGAAAUGAACCCCCCCUUGUCCCCACCCUCC